AUCAACAAAAACCACUUAAAAAAUAGUUAAAAAGAUUUUAGAAAUUCUGUUAACUUGAUUAGAAAAAAACAAAUCGUGGAAAACUACGAAUUCGUAUAACUUUGGAAGUAAUGGCGAAAAUAUUGGUAUAAUAUGCCAAUUUGGAAUGUCAGUAGAAUGCCAUAUAAAUUUUUAAAACUAUAUAUUGAAAAAUGGAAGCAAUAUCCAAGAUUUCCCUGAUAUUGAUUCUGUUAUUAACUGUGGACGUUUAUGAUACUUCUUUGUGGUCAUGGUUGCCAUAUUUGAAUGCAAUAAGUGGCAGAUAUAACGAACUUACGACCGUAAGAUCCACUCAUUUUGUAGAAGCAACAACCAGUUCUCUUGCAGGAAACCGGUUGCGACGUCAGCAAAUUGACGAACUUGAACUUAAUAAUGCAAAAGGUUCAUGCAUUUCAAAGUUUACGAGUGAGAAUGCAGAGCGACAACAUCAACUUCGCUUUCGUAAUAAACAUAUGCAAUUAGGCGAAGAAAAGCAUUCAGCACCAGAGGCCACAAUAUUUAGCUACAAAAUUCAUAAUCCAUUUGCGAUAUUCGGUGAUGAUGUUGGCGGUGAGGGUAGUGAUACAUCGGCUUUGUCUUCCAAAGAAAAAUUUGAUACGGCAGCUUACGCGGGUGAAGACACUAUGUUACGCAACAUUUUAUAUGAUUAUACAGGCGAUGCGGUCGAGAAUGAUGGAAUUUCAUCUCUUAGCGGGCAAAGUGACUUUAAGGUCUUCAAGUUGUAUUGCACAAACACCUCCAUAGCGACAAUCAAUGAGGAAUUGAAAGCGAAAAAAUUUAUCAAAUAUGCGCAUAUAAUAUUGCAGCAUUGUUACAAUGUCGGCAGUGAGGAGGCACGUCUACAUUUACAGCAAUUCGAAAGUGUACGAGUUUUUCAAUGGGUGCAUAGCGAUGUAAAAGAUCGCCAGCUAGAAGCUCUCUUCACCAAUUAUGAACUGAAUUUCGAAUAUUUGGAAUCACUUGAUUUAUCAGAAAAUCAUAUAGAAUGUAUAGACUGGGCCCGACCUCAGGUAGUGCGUCGCUUAAAAGUACUUAAACUUAAUGAAAAUCGGAUUAAUUCUGAGCAAUGCAGUUUUUCUCCAUUGCAUCAUUCCAAUCUCUUGAUAGAACUGCGCUUGGAUAAAAAUCAUUUAUAUACUCUUAAUGGCAAAUUUUUAAAUAAUCUUAGUGAACUUAAAGUUUUAAAUUUGACCGACAACUUUUUAAAUGAUCUUCCGCGUAAUACUUUUGAUGGAAUUUUCAAAUUGCAACGCUUGCAUUUAGCCAAGAAUAAGCUAAGAGUCUUACCAUUUCAAUUGUUUCGCAAUAUGGGUGAACUACAAAUUCUUAAUUUGGCGGACAAUCAUUUGGUUUCAUUUCCAGAUAAUUUCUUUGCUUUGAACGGAGAAUUACGUAUAUUGCAAUUGCAACGAAAUAGUUUGCAGAAUAUUAGUAAAAAUACUUUUUAUAAUUUACAAAAAUUAUUGCAUUUGGAUAUAUCCGAAAAUGAAAUCUCCUACAUCGAUCGGAAGGCUUUUGAAUCGUUGAACUCAUUAAUUACGUUAAAUAUAUCGGCCAAUAAUAUUAGUGUUAUCUCAUCCAUACUCUUCCAGCCGUUGCAUAGGCUACAACAUUUGGAUUUAAGUUACAAUCGUUUUUCUCAAUUACCCAACGGAUUGUUUAUGAAUCAGAAGAGUUUAGUAUCAUUGCGCAUUGAUUACACGCCACUGGAAAAAUUGAAUAACUGGAUAUCACGUAGUGAUAUUUCUCAUGUGAAUCCGGAUGUGUUGCAACAUUUGACCCAUUUAUCGUUACAGCAUAACUCGCAAUUGCGCAAACUCAGUAAAACUUUGUUUCUUAAUAUACCCCACCUCAAGGUGCUGCUUCUGGCCCAUAAUGCGCUUCAACAACUGCCAGUUGAAAUCUCUUCACUCGCUCUUUUGGAACGUCUCAACAUUGGCUAUAAUGAUUUAUCCUAUCUACCUGAAGGCAUCGGUUCAUUACCACAGUUACGCUUCAUCAACAUACUGAACAAUGAUUAUAUCUGUGAUUGUAAAAUGCAUUGGUUGGCUUAUUGGCUUACGGCCGAUAAUACUACACUACGUUUUGACGAUGUGGGCGGUGGUGGUUCUGAAAAUUUUUCAUUGCAGGCAACUGAAAAUUUGGAAAUUUUGAUUAAUGCGUUGCAAUGUUUGCAUGGUUACCCGGGCGACAUGAUUACCGUAUUGAAAAGUCUGAAUUGCACUAAACCAAUUUUGCAAAAUGUCACCGAAUCGAAAAUGCAUGAAUUGCGAUCUACUGCCAAGCUAGACUGUAGUUUUUCGGGCAGUCCUUCACCAAAUGUUAUUUGGGUAACGCCAAACAAUAAAAUAUUGCGGUACCAUGCGGAUCCGGAUAAACGUCCAGUUAUUAUCAAUCACAACGACAAAGGAUUGGAUAGAUUGCAGUUAAAUGCAUUGACCAAUGAUGAGGUACCGUUAAAUGUAAGCCUACAGCGCGCUGAUGCAAUAGACCGUGUAGCAUUGAUCGAGAACGGUUCCUUGUUGGUUAGUAAUAUUACACGACUAGAUAGUGGCCUUUACACUUGUUACGCCUAUAAUGUAAUGGGUAAUGCUUCAGCAUUCAUAAGACUUCAAAUAGAUCCUAUUAUUUUUUAUCGCGUUAAAAUUGGUAGUUUAUUAUCCGGUGUAGCAGCUGCCACUGCUUUCCUACUUCUCACCCUCAUUGUACAGGGUAUACGGGCAUUAUGUCAUAAAUGCGGAUUGUGCAACAAAUUUAAUUGCUGCGGUACGCGGUCUAAGCAAUCACCUAGAGCGAAACAAAUCUACGCCAUGUUGGAUAGUAUUGAGAGCUAUAAAAGUCAACAAUUGGAACGUUUAAGGGAAAAUUAUGCCCAGCAGGUACAUCGCAUACGUGAGAAUUGUGCCCAGCAAGUGGAGUGGAUACAAAGUAGUUAUACUACACAAGCGAAACAUUUAAAAGAGUUUCGUGACCUUGGUUCCAGUCAUUUGACAGCAUUAAAAGAUCAGUAUUAUGAUCAGGUAAAGAAAGUCAGAGAUUAUUCCACUGGUCAAUUAAAUUGGGUUCGCGAAAAUUAUGUUUUCCAACGCAAUAAAAUACGCAAAUUCAGUGCUCAUCAGGUUUUGCGUUUACGUGAAGGCUACAAAUAUCAACAACAAACUCUCAAUAAAGUCUUAGAAAACUUACCCAGUUUCUACUUCGAGAAUUGUCGUGGUCACUGCGAUGACGAUAUUACCGACGAUAUAGAUUUUUAUAUUAAAACCAAAAUGGCUUCAAGUGAUCAAAAUCAACAAAAAAUGCUGCAGGAGCAAUUAAACAUGAUCCCAUUAUCCGUGCAUCAUCCAUCGUUCAAUUUCAAAGAGAUCAAAGAAUUACACAAACUCAAGUCGAAAUUAAUGAGCAACAAUUCGGCAAGUAAAGCUUCCAUUUAUUAUACACCACCGGAAGAAGAGCCUAAAUAUACACAGAAUUUACAAACAUCUCCCAUACACAUAAAUUAUAUCAAUGAGAAUCUUGAUCAUAUAAAAUUAGAAUUGGAAGAUCAUAAAGUAAAUUCACAACUUUUGCUAUUGAAUACACCCACAACGCUUGAAAAUACCAACUUGACUUUUAGCAUUAAAGGCGUUGAGGUAGAUAAUUUCAGUUUGGGUGCAACAGUUCCAACAUUAAGUCAAUUGAAUAUCAACUCAGAGCAUCCAGUAGGUGCAGGUAGCAUUGAGGAUAAUAGUUAUGCGGCAUCAAUUAUCGAUAAACUAGCGGCCGUCAACAGAGACGAUAGACGUCCAGAAUUAUUUGAUGACGCUGUCCCUUCUGGAGAUCAAAACAUCGAAUUGAAUAUCUUACAAGAUUUUAAAGAUACAAAUGAGGUGAAAAAUUCAAAGUCCUGCCCUGCCAUCUAUAAAAUAUCAAAACGAAGAGACGGCACCACCUUGCACGAAUUGUUGACAGACAAUUUGCGUCACGGAACACGUUUGAAUCCGAUCAACUAUCCUUCGCAUGAGGAGGUCGAAACUCCUUUACAUAUAGGUCCUCCGGCUGUUGAGAAUUUAUUGCAUAGGGAGAAACUUAAUAUUGUACUUGAUGAAAAUGGCAAGUCUGCUUUGUAUGAUAAUUGCAAUAGGUCGACAUCAGCAGAACAAGAUGUGAAAAGAAGAGAUGCUAGCAAUGUAACGGAAUCUGUAACCAUUAAACUGACAAAUAUCGCUUUCGAAGAUACUUCAAAGCGCUCGUCUUCAGUUUCAACAAAUUGUGAUUCCAGUAGUUCUGGCUGUGGUAGUUCCGUAGCUGCGGAUACAUCUUCCAGCCCUGCUUCUUCUCCUAAGUUCUCUCCUUCUGCAGGUGAAGCUUAGCAUCGUCAUAACUGUACUAAAUCCAUCAUCAAAUUUUUUUAGAGAGAUUCUUUUUAUUAUAAUUAUUUUUUUCCUUUUAAUUUAUAAGCAAAAGUAAGUAA